UUACCUUUGGGCCUCAGCCUGCCGCACCAGCGAAGAAGAAGCAGAAGAGGAAUAUUGUCGACUUACUGGUCGAAUUGGAUGAGUCUGAUGACGAGGAGGUGGAGCCUCACGUAGCCAUUUCUCCUGUGGCCCCCAAGGUCGCUGCGGGUAAAGGGCACGGAGCCCCCCGGGCCGAGAGGGGCAUGUCUUGGAGGGGGCGACUGUCACCCCAGAAUUCCAGUCUGCCGGGCAGGUGCAUGAAGAUGCUGGUGAGAAGAUGGCUGAGCGGGUUAGCCGCGACACUCAGCACACAGUUGCUUACACCUUCCCAUCUCCGAGUGCCUCGGUUAUGCAUGAGGGCUUCCCGGUCGUGGAUUAUGCUUCAACAGUCUUACUGUCGGGUGACCUCGCACGUAUGACCUCCUAGGGGUUUCAGCCUCUCAUGAAGGGUUCUAUUCGGACCCAUGUUGAGGGACUUGCUAAGACCAUCGGGGCACUUUGGGCUGCCAACCAUUCUCAAGCGAGGCUUCAACGUGAGGUUGAUGAAGUUAGAGCCGCCCUACAGGCUAGGGAGAAAGCUUUCUCUGAGUUGCAGCUCUCGCAUGCAAGAGAGUGUGAAGAAGUGGCCAAGCAAGCGGCCAGGAAAGCGAUUCUCGAGUUCAAGGCCUCCGACGAAUUCCAGAAAACCAUAUGUGACAUGGUGGAAGCGAAGGAAUCUGACUUAGUGAACAAGUGGCAGAAGACCAAUGAGGGGGAGUACUGGCAUGCUCGUGAAGUUCUGUACGCUUUUCAGAGCGGCAAGUACUUGACGCAGCAUAAAUUGUAUGAUCAGUUGGAGGGUCUCGGCCCUGACUUCCAUCCAUCCGCGCUAGGCCUGCCUGCCCGCAUGAAAAAACCUGAGGCAGCAAUAGCCCUCCUGCCCCCAGGAGUUUACCGCCAGGAGGAGGAGUUCGGUAAUUCGAACGAAUGGUGUUGGUUCUUUCCACGACCUUCGGAGGACAUGGCCCCCUUGCAUCUGGCCAGCUGGAGGGAGCUCAAGAGUCCAGCCAAGACUUGGUCACUGUCUUAGAUGAGAUUCCCGAGGUCGAUGGUGAUGGGCAUGUCCUGCCAUGACUUUGUAUUUUACAUCUUUCUUGUCUUCC